AUGGGUAUUACGGGUCUAUUGCCAUUCCUGGAAAAGGCGAGCAGUGCUUGCCACUUACGUGAUCUGCGAGGCAAAUGUGUAGCAAUAGACACGUACUGUUGGUUGCACCGGGGAGCAUUUGCAUGUGCAGAACGGCUAGCACGAGGUGAAUCCACUGAUACUCACAUAUUAUAUUGCCUAAAGUAUGUCCAGUUGUUGCUGUCGCACAACAUCAAACCGAUUCUCGUUUUCGACGGUCAACAUCUGCCAGCCAAAGCCGCAACCGAGGCGAAGCGGCGCGAGAGCAGAGCUAAUGCUCGCAAACGUGGAGCAGAACUAUUGCGUCAAGGGCGUAUCGAAGAAGCACGAAGUUUCCUGCGACGUUGCGUCGAUAUUACGCACGAAAUGGCACUGCAGCUGAUACGAGAAUGCCACAAACGGGGCGUAGAUUGUAUAGUAGCGCCGUACGAAGCUGAUGCACAGUUAGCGUAUCUCAACCUCACGGACAUCGCACAGUAUGUCAUCACGGAAGAUUCGGAUCUGGUGUUGUUUGGCUGCAGUAGAAUCCUGUUCAAGCUGGACCUGACGGGGAAUGGACGGUUGGUAGAGGCAAGCAAACUGCACCUUGCGAUGGGUUGCCGGGAGGACCGUUAUAAGUUUGAAAAGUUUCGAUACAUGUGCAUCCUAUCCGGAUGUGAUUAUGUGGAUUCGUUACCCGGUAUUGGCCUUGCGAAAGCGUGCAAGUUCGUGAUGAAAACGGAGGAUCCCGACAUACGACGAGCUUUGGCAAAAAUACCGGCUUAUCUAAAUAUGCGGCAACUGACCGUGACGGAGGAGUACAAGGACGAAUUCCUGAAGGCAGACGCUACAUUCAGGCACAUGGUGGUGUACGAUCCCCUGCAAAGGCGACAAACUAGACUGACGGAUCCGGAUGAAGUGGAAACUCCAGAACAGUACUGCUGCAAUGCAGGCAAAUUUUUGGAUGAAAAUACCGCAUUUGAGCUGGCUGUCGGAAAUUUGGAUCCCUUUUCUCUGCGCAAAAUGGACGAUUGGCAUCCUGACUCAGUGGAAAAAGGGGAACUUACUGCAAUGGGUAGAAAAAUGUUGAACCUCAGCAUCUGGAGGAAAGAUUUCAAUGCACAGAAGGAUGCGAAAGCUCAAAUGCAAACACAGAAAAUUUCAUCGUUGUCUGCAUUCGUGAAACGAUCAUUGCAAGCCGUGGAUCAAACUGACCACGAGUGCAAGGAAACGAUCGAAGAUGUCUUGCAGGCUUACAGUAUUCAGAGCGAUGAGCCCGUCUCGAAGCGAUUAUGCCAGGUACAGUCGGCUAUGUCGACUACCGCAUCGAAAGUAUCAAUCGAGUACAAACACUUAGAGGCACUAGAUGUGCUAGGACAAUUAGAUCAACCUGCCACACCGAAACGGAAGCGUAAUCCAUUUGCAGUUUCUCCUAGUAGACUUGCUGCCAGAAGAGCCGAUUCGGCUGAUGAAUUGCUUUCACCAACGAAGAUAACGGCGGCAAACCGAUCACUGUUGCAUAACAUAAGCCCGGUAAAGAGGAUAGAUUAUACUCAGCAACGCAGUCAGCUUGCAGUGAAAGAGUCAACCAAUGGUGCAGCUACUGUAGGUCGAUUGGGUCGUUUGAAAUCGACCCAUAGCAAAGGUGUGUCGGGUCUUGCUGAUGAACCAAAAGUGAUUAGCCGAUUUUUCUGCUCACAAGCAAAGUUACAAAUGCCUCAAACGAAUAUCAGCUCUAUUAUAGGUGGUCCCAUUAGUAGCCCCAGUAAGAAUUGCAGAACAUCUGGCGGUAAUAUACUGGUGUCGCCCACUGCCAUUGUAAAGGAAAUAAAAAGUAAACGAGAUGCCCAAGCUCUUAAAGCGACUGCGCUUUAUCUCAGUUCGCCGGAAGCACGAUUACAGUGUCGUGGCGAUCGUACGCCAGUGAAACGUCGGCCCAAUGCAUCGUCACCCGAAACAGAUGCGGAAAAGGGCGAGAUACUAGGUAAGCUGGAUGGUGGUAUGGCAUCGGCAGUUGAUAUUAAUGCGCAGGUCGAUGAAGCAGCUUCAAUGGAUGAAGAUAUUAGUACAGGAUUAAGCUCUUCACAGAAAGAAAAUGACGAUGUUGAGAUCACUGUGACUGAAAAACAAUGUUCAAACCAAAAACCACGUACCGCACGAUUGGCGUUGUUUGAACGGCAGGUAACGAAAAUAUUGAACCAAACUCCGAAUCCUUCGGAGACCGUGGAAGAGGAGCUUGCAAUUGUUCUUGACGACGAUAGUAGCGAUGAGGAUAACGUAAGAAAGCUUCAAACAAACGACCGACAGCAAACUGAAGAACGAAAUUCUGCACUGCCCCAUCACAGCACAGCAAAUGUAGAAACAUCAACUAAAAUUAAGGCACGUUCGUCGUGUAAACGGCCAGGAUUGUCUAUCAAUAGGAAAUUUACCCAUUCCAAAACGGAUAACAGUGCAGGAUUGACUCAAACUCGAUUGUCCAUGUUCGGGUUUCAGAAAAAGCCUUCAAUGCAACUGAACAAUUAA